AUGUUCGAUACUUUCAUAAAUUUCUUCAGUGGCUUUUAUAAUUACAUUCGUCCCAUCUUAUGGCUCGUCAUAAUAGUGGUAAUUGCAUGUGUGCUUUACCUCAAACGCAGAGAAUUGCCGACCGCUUUAGAUCGGUUGAGAAAUAGCCGGCUUUGGUACAACCGAAUGGAACAAAGUUCCCUGUUCGAAGGAGACUUGGAGAGCGGUUUAUCUAGCGGCAACUUCGAUCUAUCUGGCAACCUUGCAGGGGACUCGAGAAAGGGCCUUGAUGAGAACGCUAAAGCCGAGAUUCGGAACAUCAUGGAUACACAGAACGUGUCAUUUGACGAAGCCCGUCUUCGUUACUUCCAAUCAAGCCUCUCCAAUAACGGAGUAGGCAGUGACGGUGUUCCUACGGAUCGUCGUACGGUUACUUUCGAUCGUUUUCAGGGGAACUACUAA